AUGGACAAACAUGCCUCCUCGAGAGGUGAUGAAACGCCUGGCACCGCUGUCAAGCCCAAACCAACCAAUCCAUCGACGAAACCCUUGACCAAAACCACCACACCCAGGUUAUCUACUGCGACGAGGCCGACCGCAGCGUCUGCUGCAGCCAAGUCAUCUGGUACCAGUUCGCUCAGCAAACCGCCCGCUCGUCCUACCAAUGCAACCGUCCGGAGGCCUACAAGUUCGACCACAACGCCUGGGACUGCAACACAUAUCAAGAGGCAGUCGGUCAGUUCUGUGGAUGAGAAACCGUCGGGUGAUGAGAAGAGCAAGGAUGGAAUCGCUGCAAGACCCAAGAGGAUGUCUCUGGCCUCCACCACAAGUUCAGAGCGUACUGCAACUACAAAGACAGUCUCCGCAACGCCAGCAAGACGAACCACACUUGCACCAUCUACAGCGACUCGGCCUAGUGCUGCAAGUCCGAUAGGAACACGCAAAGCGCCAGCCACACCCAGCACUUCGCGGACUGCCGUUACCACGCGCUCACGGCCUCUCAGUUCCAGUGCCGCACAGCCUGGCGCUGGCGGCCAGGCUGAUAAGAAACGUUUGAGCACGAUCCCUGCCUCACCUGUAACCAAAGGGGAUGCUCAAGAGGCGGAACACAACAAAGAAAAUGCGCUCUCUGCUGGGGUGGGAAGACCUGUGCGGCCUGUCCUCGGGUCCAGAAAAUCCACCCGGUCGGUGCUGAUUGAGCAGCAAAUUCGUGAGUUCGAGCUGGUCAACAGCAUGCUACAGGCGGCCAUGGCUUCUGAUGGUGCGGACGUUCAAGAACAGCAAUCCAUGAGUGAGAAUGCUACAGUAACAAUUGCAAAGCUCAAAACAGACCUGGCAAAGGUUAGGGAGUUCGAGCGUCGCCAUGGUCGUGUCCCGACAAACGACGAGUUGGAGGAGGUUGAUUCUAGUGCUGCAGAGAACGAACUCAAAUCACAAAUCGAGGGAAACGCGGCUCAAGGCGGUGCUGCUGAUGUUGCUACUGCAGACUUGCAGAACGACUUGGCUCAGAGCAAGGCUCAGAUUGACACCUUACAAUCUGAGUUAGUCGAGCUUAAGGCGAAGCUUAAGGAAUCCAGCAAGAGUGCAUCGAAUGAGUUGGCGGACAGUGAGGCUCAGAUCGAGACUUUACAAUCUGAAUUGACCGAACUGAAGACAAAGCUCGAGGAGUCCAGCAGCAUUGUUGCCAGUGAGAGCCAGCGUGCAGAGGAAAACGCUGAAGCAAUCAGAGCCGAACAUGCGACCAAGCUCAAUGAGUUGAACUCCCUGCAUGACAACAAGCUCCGCGAAUUAGAAGGGGCACAUGAGAAAAAGGUGCAGGAGCUAACCACGGGUCAGGAGUCCGAGAUUGGCGCAGUAAGAGAACAGUUAUCCGGCGAAAUGGCUGCGAAGCAGGCAGAAGCUCAACGCUUGAAAGUAGAGCUGGACGACCUGCGCAAGGCACACGCCAACAAAGCCUCCGCGAAAGAUGGCGAGAUGGAAAGGAUACAAGCAGAACUCACCGAACUCCAAACUUCUACCCUGAAGGACCAACUCGCGAAAGACGCCGAGAUCGAGAAGCUCAAGCUUGAUCUUGAGGCGAAGACUGUCGCGUCAGAAUCUGCAAGUGAAUCUGUGCCGUCACCGACCAAGUCAGAGUCACCAGCACAUGCUGAAGAGCUUGCAGACGCACAGAAGAAGCUUGAGGCAGCACGGACUAGGCAUAUGGCUGCAAAGGAGAAUGCGAAGACGAAGAUCGCCAGACUGCAGCAAGAAGUGGGAACCAAGACUGCUGCACUCGAAGCCAAGUAUGGAGAACAAAUGGCGACCCUGAAAGAUGAGCUUGAGCAAGCACAAGCUGAACUCUCCGUCAAGCAGAAGCAGAUUGAUCUACAACGGGAGGAGCACGCCAAGAUUGACGAUGAAAUGAGCAGGCAGGGCCAGCUUAUGCAGGGUUUGAAAAAACAGCUUCUUGAUUUCCAGCAAGCAAAGAAGGAGGAGAGUGAUGCUCAAUCCAGUCUCAUCUCUGAGCUCCGGGAGCAGCUGGACAUCCUGCAGAAACGCAAUGCCAACGAAGCUGCUGCCGCCGCUGAAAGUGUUGCAGCAGCUGAGAAGAACCACUCGGAGAGAUUGCAAGAUAUCGAAACGCAACUGCAUGAAGCCCGUGAACGUCUUGAGCAAACUGAAGCCAUGCACGAGGCCAAUCUGCAAGAUGCCUUGAAGAAGUCUGCAGACGAGCUGGGUCUUGCCACUUCACAGCUCGAGGACACCAAAGCCUCUCACACAAAUAAACUCGAAACAUUGCAAGCUGAGCUGCAGAAGACAAAUAACGAAGCGGGAGCGAAGCAGGAUGCUCACCAGGGAGCGGUGUCAGCGCUACAAUCUCAGCUGGAUGAGGCAAGACUAGCUCUUGAAGAAGCCGGAACCAAACAUGAAGCACGUUUCGAGCAAUUGGAAGCUCAGCAUAGGACUGCGAAUGAAGAGCUCACUCAACUGAAAGCUCGCCAUAACGAAGAGUUGACUCAACUGCGAGCCGACACACAAUCAAAACAUGAAGAUGAGGUAGCGGCGUUGAAGGCGGCCCAUGCUGGCGCUGGAAGCGGCUCAUGCCAACCAAAUGAAGCAGCUUGA